ACCAAACACAAAUUCCCAAAUUUAGGAACAGAGAAACUUAACAACCACACCAAAAAUAAUAAGCAUUUAAAGAAGGGAAAACCAGAUGGUAAAAUCAACUGAAAUUAGUAGUGUAGUUAUUGUGAAGGAAGCAAUUAUAAUAACGAAAACGAUUACUAGUUCGAAAUGAUGAGGAGGGAAGAAGAAGAAGAAGGAAGAGUAUCAUCAUCACUUAGUAGUAGAUGUCAAGAUUGUGGAAAUCAAGCCAAAAAAGAUUGUACAUAUUUGAGGUGCAGAACUUGCUGUAAGAGUCGAGGGUUUCAUUGUGAAACACACGUUAAGAGUACUUGGGUCCCUGUCGCCACAAGGCGUCCCAGGCACCAUCUUCAUCAUCAUCAUCAUCACAGUACUAUUCAGCAACAGCAACAGCAGCUUCAAAAUGGGCCAAACCCUAAAAGAUACAGAUCAAAUGAAGUGAUGAUAGGUGAUGAUCACGAAGGAGGUCAUUUUCCGGGGGAAGUGAGUUCUCCAGCAGUAUUUCGUUGUAUUCAUGUAAGUUCGAUUGACAAUGCGGUUGAUCAAUAUGCAUAUCAAACAUCAGUGAAGAUAGCAGGACAUGUUUUUAAAGGGAUAUUAUAUGAUCAAGGACCUGAUAAUGAGAGUCCUCGUUACAACAAUUAUAUGGCUGGAGAAAGUUCGUCAAGUGGCUUUCAGCUUCAUCAACCUCCUAUUUUACCUACUACUACUACAACUUCUCCACCACCACCAUCUUCUACUUUUCCCAAUCUAUUUAGUGCUUUUAAUAUGCCUGGUACGCAAUUUUUUCCAUACCCAAAAUCAUCUUGAAAUAAACUUUCUUCAAUCAAUUCAACUUAUAUACAUUGAUUUACCAGACAAAUGUUGUAUUCCAAGGUCAGACUUUUCUGUAACUUUUGUUGGAAUAUAACAUACACUACCUUUUGGUAGUUAAACCAAAAAAAAUAAAAUAAAAUAAAAAUACAUUGACAAUGUCACUGUAUUUUAACCCUGUUGUAUUAGGUUUAUAAUUUAUUAUGGACACGAUUAUUUGUAUU